UCUCUAAUGAAAAUGAGAAAUACGAAAGUCACGCAACUCAGUAAACAAAUUUUUAGGUCUAUCGAUAGGCGUACACCCACAACCCCAAUUCCAGCCGGCAAAUUCCGGAACGUAGUCUCUGCUAAAAACGUCUAUAUAGGGAAGCUGCCAGCCCGAUGGACAAGCGCGUCACAGUCCUGCUGCCCAAUGGUCGGCGGCAGAAUGUAAAUGUGACGGCGAACAUGACGCUGCUGGAGAUUUUGGAGACGGCCUGCUCCAAGCACGGCUUCGAUGCGGAGGAGCACUGCCUCAAAUUCCACAACAAGGUGGUCGGAUUGACGCAGCAGUUCCGUUUCAGUGGCCUGCCUAACAACUGUGUCCUUGAGAUGGAGCAAACGGAAAAGCGGCGCACACUGAGUAACGUUCUUGUCUGCGUCCAGCUGAACGACGGAUCCCGCCAGCAAGCAGACUUUUCGCCCAACGACACCAUUUGGCUGGUGGUCCAAAAGCUCUGCGAGUCUCAUGUCAAUGGCUACGAAAGCCCCGUCAUCGUCUACAUGCGCAGCGAGGUCAUAGGACAGGAGCAGAUGCGCCAGACCACGCUGAAGUCCCUUGGAAUCCUCGAGGGUCGCGCCAUGAUGCGUCUUAUCGACAAAAAACCCGAGGAGCUUAAGACCCAGGCAAAUGUGUACAAAGCUCCCGCUGUCAAGCCUCGGGUGGACAACGACGACCAACCCAGCACCUCCCGCUCGGCAAUGGCAGCUGGUGGCAGCGGAGGAGGCGGUGGGUUUGCCCUUACCAGCAACAUGAUCAAGAAUUUGAAACGCACGGCUCCUGAAGAAAAUGCCAGUGGGAGUGAACCAGCGAAGCCCACAGGUGAGGAAAAACAAGAGCAGCAGCCUCAGCCGGAAGCACCUAAAUACGACUGGGGUAGUGGUUCCGGAUACUCCAUGCACCACCCCCCGGAGCGAAAGCAGGCUGAAAACGAAGUCGAAGAGAAUCCAGGCAGGGCUCCCCCACUUGUGAGAGUAAUUGGGCCCCGUCAGGCUGUACUCUUCUCCUUGGACGAAUCCAAGAAAAACGCGGACGAUCUGCCGGACUCAUUUUUCGACUUGACCGUCAACGAUUUAAAGAUGGUGCUCCGCGAUUUAAAGCGUACUUCGACCGGAGAUGACGACGCUCCCUUGCUGACGGCAAAGCUGAGGGAGUUGGAGCGCCAAAAGACCAUGCUGGCUAAGCUUAACCAGUACAAAGACUGUGUGCUGCGCGUUCAGUUUCCCGAUCGCUUCGUGCUCCAGGGCAUCUUUAAGCCGCACGAGCCCCUUUCAAAGGUGGAGGAGUUUGUUCGGGAGUUUUUGGUCCAGCCAGGGGAGCAAUUCCAUCUCUUCACCAUUCCACCGAAGAAGGUGUUGCCCUCCGAUGAGACGCUCCUGGAGCUGAAUUUUGUCCCGAAUGCCAUCGUGCACUUUGGGUUUCUUAAGGACUCGCUCAAUGCGGUGAGCAAUCGAUUCGUGAAGGAGCAGUACAUGGAUCAGUUGACCUCCGAGGAGGGAGCGCAUUAUGCGGUGCAAAAAUACCGCCUUACCCGUGCAACGGCGGCGGGGUCUAGUUAAUAGAUACAUGGCUUUAAGCGAACAGUCUGCGUGAUAUUAAAUGAAUCCGCUUUA